CUGAAAUCUGGCCUUGCUUUUUCUCUGAAUUCCCACCUUGCAAAUUCCACCUGUCAGAAAGUUUGUGAACCCCACUUGGUUGAAACGGCAAUCCAUACCCAUUCCCUACGCUUUCUUACUCAUUUCCUCUCAACUAAAGUCAUCAACCUCCGUGCAACGCCCACUGUAAUUUAUUAAAAUAAAAAUAUUACUUUAUUUUCCUUUAGAAAAAAAAAAAGGAAACUAAGCUUUAGCUUUUGAGCAUUACUGCUUUAAAAAAACCUUCUUGUUCUUGGACCAGAAAUUAUUGAAGUGUUGGUGUUUUUGUGUCUGGCGUACAAGUAGAGACCAAGGAAGCGCUAUUGUGAUAUUCUCUGAGAGAGAGAGAAGCAGGAAAUAUUGAAGCACUUCAAGAAUGCAAAUGCAGAUGCAACUCAGUAGUGUCAAUAUCGCAUAAGAAACGAGAAGCACUUGCAGAAAGUCUUGAGCUGCACCUCUAUGCAAAAAAGAAUGCCAGUUCUGCAGAAACUGUUUUCUUUCACCAUCUAUGCAAGCUUCCUUCUUCCUGUCUCCUCUUCUCCAGAGAAUGUUGAAACCACAGGCAACCACACAAUAGUGCCAAGUUCUAAGCUGGUGUUUGAGAUUACAGUCCAUGGAAUUCUCCUCUGGAUAUCAAUGGGUUUCCUGACGCCUGUUGGAAUACUCAUCAUCAGAAUGUCACACAGAGAGGAAUGUGGGAAAAGGCUCAAGAUUCUUUUCUAUCUUCAUUCUAUUUCACAGAUGCUGUCCGUACUUCUGGCUACAGCAGGAGCAGCGAUGUCUAUAAAAUACUUCAACAAUGCCUUCAAUAAUCAUCAUCAAAGAAUAGGGGUAGCACUCUAUGGUAUUGUGUGGUUGCAAGCCUUUAUUGGGUUGCUACGCCCACAUAGAGGAUCAAAAGCAAGAAGUAUAUGGUUCUUUUUGCACUGGAUACUUGGAACUACUGCAUCUCUCCUUGGAAUUAUCAAUGUGUACACAGGAUUACAGGCUUACCAUCAAAAGACAUACAAAAGCAUAAGACUUUGGACUACAUUUUUCAUUAUUGAGGUAUCUUUAAUUGUCUUCUUUUACUUGUUACAAGACAAAUGGGUUUAUAUGCAAAAGCAGGGAGUGAUUUUGGGCAGUGAACCUGAAAGUCUCACUCAUCAAGUGACCUCUACACAAGAUAAGCAGAAGGAAUCCACCACUGAGUCUUGUUGAGAAAUUGAGAAAGCAAGUGAUUUUACUUUUACUAACAGAGACUUUAAUUUACACUCUUGUUUUGGGUUUACAUGGACAUUGCUCUAUUAAAUUUGGUAGAAUGUAAUGAAAUGCAAUCAAUUUUUUAUUAAAAUUUAAUAUAAAAUUUGAUUGCAUUAUAUUGCAUGAUACCCUACCAACGUUGUAUAAGUGUUGGGUUUUGAAUGAAUUAAACAUUCGACAUUUAUCUAGUUAAUAGAAUCUAAGAUAUGGAUUGUGUA